CCCCCCCCCCCGCGGGCACCGUGCCCGGGCGGCGCGCCGCAGCCUCGGGAGCCAAUGGCCCCCUCCGCGGCCGAGGCGUCGCGGCUGAAGGACGAGGGCAACGCGUUCUUCAAGGCCGGAGAGUACCAGGCCGCCAUCGACGCGUACACGGGCUCCCUCGAGCUCGACCCUUCGCAGCACCUGUGCUUUAGCAACCGGAGCGCGGCGUACCUGAAGCUCGGCUCCGCGGCCGAGCAGGCGCUGCAGGACGCGCGUCAGUGCGUGGAGUUGGCGCCCGCGUGGGCGAAGGGUUACUCGAGGCAGGCGGCGGCGCUUCAGGUGCUGAAGCGCUGGGACGAGGCGGAGAAGUGCUGCCAGGAAGGCGUGGCCGCCUGCACCUCGACAGACGGCGAGAUCCUCAAGAAGAUGCUCGCAGAGGUGAAGAGCCACCGCUUUCAGGACACGUUGAAGGGCACCUGGCACGGCACGGUGAGUGAGACGCUGGGCGGCUACGACCAAGAGAUGGAAUUCUUAGACGAGCGCAGCGUGCGUGUCGAGGUAUUGGGGAGGUCCAUCGUGGGAAAGUACUGGGUCGACGCUGGGUGCGAGCCCGUCCAACUGAGCAUCCAGGUGCCCAUGCCGGAGCAGCCGCCGAAUAUGCCCCCGCCCAUGCCAGUUCCAUACAUAGCAAGAAUCGACGAGAAUUUGCACUUGUGCUGCCCGUUCAUGAAGCUGGAACGGCCCACGGCCUUCGAAGGCCCUGGCUACUGCCUCAUGAAAAGGGGCGCGCUGAGCAAAGCAGAGGAGAGCGAGGUGGCUAGCCUCAGCCACGGAGAAAAAUUGCUGCAGUGCGCACGCGAGCUGGUUGCCGGGCUGCCCGAUCGCAAGCUCGAGGAGGUCACCGUGAACGAUGGGGAAGAGGAGGCCAGGGAGAAGGUCGUGGCCCAGGUGAAGAUGGAGAGCGCCAUGUAUGCUGUCCAGAAGCGUUUCGGGGAGGAGACCAUGAAGUUAGUCUUCACCGCGGCGCAGGGGUCCAGCGAGGACGUGCCCGACGCGCUGAGGGGCGCGAAGGAGCUCGCGGAGCUGGGGAGGAAACUGCAGGUGUGCGGCAUCCUCGACGACGCGGGGCCGGCGCAGCCGGCGCCCCCGCCGCCGCCAGGCCCGGCCAGGGCCGCCGAGCGGCCUGCGCCGCCGGCGCCGGGCCCGCGGCCAGCGGCCGCGGACGCGCCGCCCGCCCAGGGGGCGCCGGACCUGCCGGCCGCUGGCGACUCCGGCGCGAAGGCGGUGGUCGUGGCCACUGCCGUCUGCGCCGUGGCCGCCGCGGCGGUGGCCCUCCUGGUCUGGCGGCGCUCCAGGAAGUAGGCGCCGGCCGCCUGGGGCAACAAUCGGAGAACGAUACUCAGCGAGCG